UUUCUUCAAAAAUCAAGAAACUUCGGGAAAAAAGAAGUCCGACCCAUUCCUUUUCACACGUGGCAAUCCUCAAUUGGAUGUUUUACGUGUUCGCCCAUAGAGCAAACAACCUCAAAUCCUGACAUGGCCAGCCAUAAUUGGUGAGAACUCUCUAGCUGAAAUGAGCCAACUUAUAACCGGACCGACUUCUUUAAAAUUUCGCUUCGACGCUGACGUGGCCACAAAUAAUUGGACGGAACACUGGUAAAUUCUGCGCACCGAACUUAGCCCACAGCUACAAAUAUCUCUCUGAACCCCGCCAUUUGAAACUCAGCAAAUCAUCAACAAAGCAAAAACGAGAAACUCAAAAUACAGAGCAAGAAGCUAAGAAGAUCAAACAAUGGAAGCGCAGAAGAAGACAAGAGCACUUUCUUUUCUGCUUCUCUUUCUUUCACAAUUCAUGUUUGGACUGGUUAUAGCGGCGGAGGAGUCGCAGCCGAAGCUCGGAACUGUGAUCGGAAUCGAUUUGGGAACGACUUAUUCGUGUGUGGGAGUGUACAAGAACGGUCAUGUGGAUAUUAUAGCCAAUGAUCAGGGCAACAGGAUAACCCCUUCUUGGGUUGCCUUCACCGACACCGAGCGCCUCAUCGGAGAGGCCGCCAAGAACCAAGCCCCGCUCAAUCCCGACCGCACUAUUAUCGACGUCAAGAGACUCAUUGGCAGAAAGUUUGAUGAUCCAGAAGUCCAAAGGGACAUCAAGUUUUUGCCUUAUAAGGUAGUGAACAAAGAUGGGAAGCCCUAUAUACAGGUUAAGGUCAAAGGAGAGACCAAAGUGUUUAGCCCUGAGGAGAUAAGCGCUAUGGUCUUGGGAAAGAUGAAGGAAACGGCUGAGCAAUAUUUAAGCAAGAAAAUUAAAGAUGCCGUUGUUACCGUUCCAGCGUAUUUUAAUGACGCGCAAAGGCAGGCAACAAAGGAUGCGGGCACCAUCGCGGGGCUAAAUGGGCUAAAUGUGGCUCGAAUCAUAAAUGAGCCGACGGCAGCGGCUAUUGCCUAUGGUCUAGACAAGAAAGGAGGAGAGAAGAACAUUUUGGUGUUUGAUCUUGGUGGUGGUACGUUUGAUGUUAGCAUCUUGACCAUUGACAAUGGAGUGUUUGAGGUUUUGGCUACAAGUGGGGACACCCAUUUGGGUGGGGAGGACUUUGACCACAGAGUGAUGGACUACUUCAUCAAGUUGAUCAAGAGGAAGUACAACAAAGAUAUUAGCAAGGACAAUAGGGCUCUUGGGAAGCUUCGCAAGGAAUGUGAAAGAGCUAAGAGAGCACUGAGCAGCCAGCACCAAGUGAGAGUGGAGAUCGAGUCCCUCUUCGACGGUAUUGAUUUUUCGGAACCAUUGACAAGGGCUAGAUUUGAGGAAUUGAACAUGGACUUGUUUAAGAAGACAAUGGGGCCGGGAAAAAGGCGGAUGGAAGAUGCAGGGCUGAAGAAGAGUGACAUACAUGAGAUUGUGCUUGUUGGAGGAAGUACUAGAAUUCCCAAAGUUCAACAGCUUUGGAAGGACUUCUUUGAUGGAAAAGAACCAAACAAAGGUGUCAACCCUGACGAGGCCGUGGCCUAUGGUGCUGCGGUUCAGGGUGGAAUCCUCAGCGGUGAAGGUGGCGAAGAAACCAAAGGCAUGCUUUUGCUCGAUGUUAUUCCACUGAGUUUGGGUAUUGAAACUGUUGGCGGUGUCAUGACAAAAUUGAUUCCAAGAAACACUGUGAUUUCCACCAAGAAGUCUCAGACAUUUACCACUUACCAAGACCAGCAAACCACGGUCUCUAUCAAGGUAUAUGAAGGUGAAAGAAGCUUGACUAAGGAUUGUCGCGAGCUCGGAAAAUUUGAUCUUUCUGGCAUUCCACCUGCUCCAAGGGGAAUUCCUCAGAUUGAGGUCACCUUUGAGGUUGAUGCCGAUGGCAUCCUACAUGUAACAGCCGAGGACAAGGCGGCGAAGAAGUCACAAUCCAUUACCAUCACCAAUGAAAAGGGGCGUCUCAGCCAGGAAGAGAUUGAGAAGAUGGUGAAAGAAGCUGAAGAAUUCGCCGAAGAGGAUAAGAAGUUGAGGGAAAAGAUUGAUUCCAGGAACAAGCUAGAGACCUACAUUUACAACAUGAAGAACAUGGUAAACGACAAGGACAAGCUCACGGACAAGAUGAAAUCGAGCGACAAGGAGAAGAUAGAGAGGGCAUUGAAGGAGGCUCUUGAAUGGCUGGACGACAACCAAAACGCGGAGAAGGAAGACUAUGAUGAGAAGCUGAAAGAAGUAGAAGCGAUUUGCAAUCCUGUUAUAAAGCAGGUUUAUGAUAAGAGUGGUGGAAGUUCUGCUUCUUCAGACGAGGAAGAACCAAAUGAUGAGUUGUAG